AUGGCAAAUUCACAACGUAAACCACUCAAAAAAUACAAGGACAACAAAAACAACCUGACCAAAUGGGAGCAAGAAUUGGACGAAAAAUUGAAGGAUCGCAAAGGGUUUUGGCAACAUCUCGAAGAAAUUCAACGUGACCACCCUCGGCCUAGCUACUCUUUUGAUGGAAAUGAUUUCUUUUUGGAACAAGAAGAAGACAAAAUUAAAUUGAGUAAAGAUUUUGAAGAAAAGAAGAAAUAUAUGGAAUUUGUUUUUGAAACGUAUUUGAGGCAAGAAAAAGAAGAAGGAGAAGGGAAAGAGGCUGAUAAGGAGUCUGAUAAAAAUGCUGAUGAUGGUUGGCAAAAAUUUCCUACUUUGACAGGUUUUGGAUUUUUUAAGUGGGUUUAUAGCUUGAAUUGGUCUGGGAGAAAGGGCGUAUCCAGAAGGGUCGAUUUCGGGGGAGGAGGGGGGGCUAACAUUGGGGGUGGGCCAAAAUUUUGGCGUUUACCUUGGCAUUCCAGUCGCCCGUGUCUGUACGUGUUUUCUGUCUGUUUUUCUGUCCGUGUCGACAUGGACAGUCAAAGCACGGCCGGCCUUAAGGCACAAAUCAAAAAUAGAGAGAAAAAUAUAAAAAAAUUAACAAUUUUUAAAAUUAAUCAAUAA